CUUCAGUUCGUUUCAUUCGCCUGAAUAGCAUGAUUGUCUCGGUGUGUUAGUAGUUCUACGAAACACCUCAUCGGAUAGCGAUCGCUGCUCUAGCGAAUAUUUCAUUGUGAAAAAGUAAAAAUUACGGCCGCCAAAAUUUUACGAAGAAAGAAGUAUGAGUAUUAACUCCGACUUACCAUUAAGUAAUUGUGGAAGUACUAAAAAAGGCAUAAUAAUGCCAAGUUUAAUAUCCAGCAAUUGUGACAUGUCAAGUAAAUGUGUAGACGAGAGUUUAGAAGAAGGCUCUAGAUUCCAACAACAUUAUUGUAUAACGUUGGGUGUGGGGCCUCUGUGGUGGUCCGAUGUGCCCCAUGCCGCAUUGUCUGUAUCUACAGUCAACACAGAGAGCCGCGGCGUGGGGAUCAAGCAGAGUCAGCUCUCUGUGAGCUCCCACAUUGUUCAAGAGGAUGAAUUAUUGAAAGCUGUGCGAAAUAGCGAAUCAUUACGCUUGACAUUUACUCUACAUUUGACGGAAAGCACAUCCGUUGAGUGGGAAACUGUAGUAUGGCGUCAUUGUCUUUACAUUCGUGUGCCAAGCUGCCUUUUACCCGAAGGUUCGAAAGAAGGUUUCGUGUCUCUCCUGGAAUACGCUGAAGAAACAUUACAAUGUACAAAUAUCAUCAUUUGUCUGCGUAAAGACAGAGCGGAUCGAGCUAUGCUGGUUCGUACCUUCAUGUUUUUGGGCUUCACUGUACUACCGCCGACUCACUCCUUGGUACCACCAGGCAGUGAUGCUGGCAAUCUCUACAUGCUCUAUGCCAUCGAGUAGUCAACCAGAAGCUAGACUUCUCUUUCAAAUUUAACGCACAGGGGCUAACGAGCAUAUAAACGGAAAUGUAUACGUUCUACAACCAUCGGAACGAAAAAUAAAUUACAAUCCAAAGGUCUUAAAUAGCAAACAGAAUUUCUUUCUUUUCUAUUUUCUUUGCUAGUUUGUUAUUUACUAAUAAAAAAAAUCACAAGUUUAGGGUUUUACGAAAAAAUAUAUAAAAAUUCAAAAUUUUCAUUUCGCAACUCGCUAGGAUCAUAAAGUAAAUUAUUGUAUUAGAAACUAACGACUUCGAAAGAUGUAAAGUAUGUAAAAUAUGUCAAAAAUAACAUUUCCAGCACUAUACACCUUGGCGUUAAAUUUAAGAGAAAUAUCUUUAUAUGUAUACGUACGUACAUAUAUAUAUAUAUAUAGAAAGAGAGAGAGAGAGAGAGAGAGAGAGAUAGGGAGAAUGAGUGUGAGAGCGAGAGAGACAUGAAAAUGUACGGAGAAAAACGAAGAAAUACAGAACAAACCGAAACUGAUAGUCGGGUAUAUGUAGAUCGCCAACAUAACAGGAUGUGGGCGGAAAUGUCGAUUCAUUCUCUUGAAUACAAUGUUAAGAUCAUAUGAACAGCUGACGAAGCUCCCCACGUAAAAAAUUUGACGGUAUCAAGGCUUAAAAGUUACAUAAACCUAUGAAACGUCAAAUUAUAAAAGAAAUUUACUACUAAUAAAUCUCAAUGUUAAUUGUAUCAAAUUGGAUUUUACCGCGUUUUAUUCUGUAUUAUUAUACAUUUUUAAAAUCAUUUGUAAGUAUUAUUAUUCUAUAUACACAUAUACAGAUAUUUUAUACAUGUAACGAUGCGCAACUAGUGUUUGGUUUAUCUUAAAUAAUUAAUUCUUGUUUAACUUGUACUUUUUACAUGAUGUAUACAGAUUCAUUACUUUCCCAAUAAAGAUUAGUUCAAAUAAAGCAUCAACUUGUGAUACGAUUUAUGAAACUUUGAUAUCAUUCAGUAUCUGUAAUGAGAUGUGCAAACAUAAUUCUAAACAUAAUCCCAAUUAAAAGAUAUAUUUAUAAUAUUUAAAAUAUUUCGUUAAAAUAUUUACUAAAACAAUCAAUUACACACUGGUAGCGAUCGUUGUAAUCGUAAUUAGGUCGAUAUUUUCUUUUUGCUUUAUUAUGUUUAGGUAUUUAAAUAAUAUUUCUAAUGGCAAUGAUUGUAAUUAUAAUUAUAAUCUUUGGUAACCCGAAUCAAUUAACAUUGUGGAGUUUGUUUUAGUAAAUGCGUUCUUUAGUGUUGACUUGAUAAUAGAUGACGUUAAAUGAAGUAAAAAAAGUGUUAAUAGUUUGCUAGAAAUAUAGAUAAGUACAGAAUAAUGAAUUAGUAUACGUUAAAGCAAAUAGUUUACGAUUUAUCUUGAGUUUUCAAUUGAAAAUAAAACUCUCUGCGUUCUAUUAACUAGUACUGUAUACUGUAUUGAUAUAGUUGAUUACGUGGAGAUACAUGUAUGUUACAUUUAUUAUUGUGGAAUUACCGAAAAACACUCUUGCUAAAUAAAACUUUAGAAAAACGCAUAAA